AUGAUAAUACACAAUAAAAAAGACACUCCAUUGAAUCACUGUGUUAUUACAAUGGGAGAUAAGGAAGUAGCUGACACCCUUAUAAAAGAGAAAAAUGAUAGUGAGUGGGACGGAGUCAAGAUCAAAAUAUCCAUUGAAAGAAAAGAUUCAUCGGGAUCCACAGUGAACUUUUCGUUCAGAGGCCUGGACAAGAGCGAAGAUGACGUCAAGAAGUAUUUGAAGGGAUAUAAAGUGAAGAGUGUCAAGAGAGGUAUUGCCAAAAAAGGGACGUUGAUUGGCUACACUGUCAAUGUAGUUCUUAAAAAUAUGGAGACGGCUAAUAAGGUCAAAACAGAGUUCAAAAACAACGAAGAAACAAAGAACUACGGUUUGAAGUUCACUAAAAAGAUGGGGGAAGAAGUAGAGCGUUGUUUUAUAUGUGGAAAAUAUGGACACUCAAAGAACAAUUGCACUGAAAAAGAUACAGCAGUGCCACAAGUUUUAAAACAUAAAGAAACAAAGGCCGUUUCUCAACUUGAAAUAUCUGUUUCAGAAGACAAAAAACACAACAAAAAUAAAAAAGAAAGCAAAACACAAAGGAGUGAAUGA